AUGCGUAUAGGAGAGACGCUCAUAAAUAGCUCUUCUAAUCAAGACAAAGAAGUAAGAGUCCAUUCGGAAAACAUUACACGUAUUCUCGAUAGACUUCUCGAUGGAUAUGAUAAUAGGCUACGACCCGGUUUUGGAGGUCCUGUUACUGAAGUGAAAACUGACAUAUACGUGACAAGUUUCGGUCCUGUAUCUGACGUCGAUAUGGAGUAUACCAUGGAUGUCUUUUUCCGUCAAACUUGGAUUGAUAAGAGGCUAAAAUUUGAUGGACCUAUUGAAAUACUUAGAUUGAAUAACUUAAUGGUUAACAAAAUUUGGACUCCAGACACCUUCUUCAGAAAUGGAAAAAUGUCCAUUGCUCACAACAUGACGACUCCCAACAAGCUUUUCAGAAUCAUGCAAAACGGCACUAUUCUUUACACCAUGAGACUGACCAUAAAUGCAGCAUGUCCUAUGAGACUAGUGAACUUCCCAAUGGAUGGACAUGCAUGUCCGUUGAAGUUUGGCAGCUAUGCCUAUCCUAGAAGUGAAAUAAUUUACACAUGGAAGAAGGGCCCCUCAUACUCAGUAGAAGUACCAGAUGAAUCUUCAAGUCUGCUGCAGUAUGAUCUUGUAGGCCAAACUGUAUCUAGUGAAACCAUGAAAUCCAACACAGGUGAAUACAUAGUGAUGACAGUGUAUUUUCACUUAAAAAGGAAGAUGGGAUACUUUAUGAUUCAGACUUACAUUCCUUGCAUUAUGACUGUAAUUCUCUCCCAAGUAUCUUUCUGGAUUAAUAAGGAGUCUGUCCCAGCUAGAACAGUUUUUGGUAUUACUACAGUUUUAACCAUGACUACUCUAAGUAUCAGCGCACGCCACUCGCUACCAAAGGUGUCCUAUGCUACUGCUAUGGAUUGGUUCAUAGCUGUAUGUUUCGCUUUUGUCUUUUCUGCACUCAUCGAAUUUGCAGCCGUAAACUACUUCACAAAUCUUCAGGCUCAAAAAGCCCAAAAAAAAGCAACACAAGCAGCAGCAUUAUCAGCAGCAGCAGGAGCACCUGAAUCAGAGGAGAUAGUAUCGCAUUCUGAUUCCAAUUCCAACUUAAAGAAAAGAUUUAACUCCUUGGCACCUCAGAAAGAGUCAGCAUCCAAUGUAGAACCAGAUUCUAACAGCAAUGUGCAACCGGUUUUGUGUUCUGCUCCUGGUCUCUCUCCAUCUGCUCAAACGCAAUCUCAUACUGGUACCAGCAAGAUCGACCAGUAUGCCAGGAUCCUUUUCCCAUUAUCAUUCGGAGCUUUCAAUCUGGUGUAUUGGAUUGUGUACCUUUCAAAAGACACUAUGGAAAUGGGAAGUAAUAUAUAA